UUCCGAAGUAAAGUAUAAUCAAUAUCUUAGAACUAUUUAGACUACUAGAAAGAUGCUAGGAAGAUAAAUGUAAUAGUAAAACAUGAAGUCAAUCAUACGGAAAUAGAGGCCAUAUUUGGCUUAUUACUGUUUAUUUAAAUUAUUUUGAAGAUUGAUAGGAUGGCGAAGACCUUGAAAGAUGAAUUUCCUAUUCAUUGGAUGGUGUGGCACAACAGUUUUCGAGAAUUAGAUGCCGAGUUAGAAAAAAAAGUGCAUGAUAUAGAACUUGUGGAUCCUAGGGGCCGUACCCCUCUUCAUCUUGCGGUUGCUUUAGGUAAUCUUGAGAGUGCUAGAGUACUACUACGGCAUGGGGCAAAUGCCAAUGCGGAAAACAAAGAAUGCUGGUCAGUUCUCCAUGAAGCUGUGUGCACAGGAGAUCCUGAGAUAGUACAGCUUGUAUUGCAGCACAGAGAUUUCCAGCGAUACUCUAAAAGGACUGUUGGUGUCCCUGACCUUCUGAAAAAAUUGCAAGAAACUCCAGAUUUUUAUGUGGAAAUGAAAUGGGAGUUUACCAGUUGGGUUCCACUCAUAUCUCGUAUGUGCCCCAGUGAUACAUAUAAAGUGUGGAAAAAGGGCUCCAGUGUUCGCAUUGACACAACUCUUCUGGGUUUUGACAAUAUGACAUGGCAGAGGGGAAGUCGCAGUUAUAUUUUUAAAGUUACAGGUGAAAACACAGCAGCUAUAAUGGAGGUGGAUCAUGAUUUGAAUGAAGUUUACCAGGAAACUAUCAAAGUCUUGCCACUGUCAGCUGACCCCUCAGUGAUGCGGCCAUCUGAAGAAGCAGUGGCAGCCAGAUUGACCUCCCCUGCCAACACAACCUAUGUGGACACAAACAGGAUUUCAUUUGAAAGGAGCAAAUCUGGCAUUUGGGGAUGGAGGAGUGAUAAAUCAGAACUAGUUAACAGCUACGAAUGUAAAGUAUUUACUGCAAACAAUGUAGAACUGGUAACAAAGACUAGAACAGAACACCUGGCAGGGAAGGACAAGCUGAAGGCUAAGAAAUGCAGCAGCAAGACUCCACUCGAAUCAUUCCUCGGCACCGCAGAAGAGACGAUGAGUUCCACAUCAAGUAGCAGUAGUUUAGAUGCAAUUUCCACUGUGACAUCAUACAAUCCUGGGAACAUCACCCCUGAGGAGUACUUCAGCAGGCUAGUUGACCUGGGGGACAAGGACAUAGGCCGACCCAAGGAGCAGUCAACCAAAGUUCAAAAGUUCAAGGCCAGCCUGUGGCUGUGUGAGGGCUACCCCCUGUCUCUGCCCGAGCAGGUGAUUCCUAUCAUUGACCUCAUGGCACAGAGCAAUGCACAUUUUGCCAAGUUACGAGACUUCAUCACACUCCAGUUACCCGCUGGCUUUCCUAUCAAGAUAGAAAUUCCAUUGUUCCAUGUUCUGAAUGCUAGAAUCACCUUUGGCAACAUCCAGGCCAUUGAAAACGAGGCUCAGUAUGUGACAUCUGUCAAGACGCCUGACAUCGUUACGUGUGUCAUUGAAGACGACUGCUUCAACCCACCUGUCACUUAUGGCAGAAUAGGUGGUGACAGCCACCAUGAGAGGUUGAGGGAUGAAGAUGACCAGCUGCUCCAGUUUGCCAUCCAGCAGAGUCUGAUAGAGUCUGGCACAGAGAACGACCAGGUAACCUUUUAUGAAGCCUUGAGCAAGGGGAAGGAACCAUCAGGCCUGGAAGAUGAAGACAAAAUGCUACAAAGGGCCAUUGCCGCCAGCCUGCAGCCAGGUAUGCCUGCCAAACUUGCCAACACUCCUGCUCUGAAUCCCAGACCUCCUAUGCCUCUCCCGAUGGAAGACGAUGACAUAAGAAUGGUCCUAGAGCUGUCGAGGCAGGAACAGGAAGAAGAUGAGCGUCGCAGGAAGCAGGAGGAAGAGGAGCUGCAAAAAAUUCUAGAACUUUCUCUGAUGGAGAAAUGAGUGCCCCACCAGACAUUGUUUAAUCCUGUUAUUUUGGCCGUAGAUGUAGAUUCACAAGUCCAUCCAAUAUUAUCCAAGCUUAACGCUUUGUCCGUUGGCUUUACUUAAGCAUAGUUGUAACUGUAUUUAGCCAGGCUGCCUCUGUUCUCUUUAUUAUGAGCAGCAUAUAAUUCUUUUUAUUGCUUAUGAUGAUUUGAACAGUUUAAAACUUUUUUUCCCUUCAUCUUUAUUAGAAAACCCUAAUUGUCUUUUAAAAAUAGAAAGCUAAUUGAUUAAGCUGCAUACAUUUAGAAGUUAAAGUAAAGCCUAUUUUUCUCUAUGUCAUUUAAAAUUUUCAAUAAUUUUUCUGUAUCCCUUACUAAUUUUACUUUUAACGCUAUGGAUUAUAGUUAAUCAGUGUGUUAAUGUUCAUUGGCAUUGCUUUAUCAAAUGCUCAGCUUUAAAAUUUUCUUCAAAACAAAGCUAGCUGAAAAAAUUGCAUUCAGAAAUGAUUUUUUUGACAGUUUUAAUUCUGUAAUGUUUACGUGUAUAUAAAUUAUGUAAGCCUAAUAAUUUAUUAUUGUUUACCAAUUAUAAAAAUUGAAUCCCCUAAUUUUGAAGUCUUAAUUUUUCAUUCAACUGUUUUUUUUUUAAAUUUUUAUGCUAUUAUUUGGAGGUACACUUUAAGCUGCUUGUAUCAUGUGAGAGGUACUCUUUCAGACCUGGGAUAUUGAGGGCAUCAACAGAUGCAGUCGUAGACAAAUGUUUAAUGAUUUUCAUGCAGUUAAUGGAAUACUUGUAUAGUAAAGGAACAGGUCUAGAAGAACCAUAUUGUAAAAUAUGUGUAAGAUAAAAAUGAUGGUUUCCACUGUUUAGCUUGAUAAAGAAAACUUUGUACUGUAAGAUAUGUAGGUAUUUAUAAUUCUUGUUUUUAUUGUUUUACUUGAGCCUACUGCUGUGAGAGUAGACCAUUGAGGACUGGUUAGAUUAACUUAAAUAGAUUUUGUUUCGUCUAAUUUUUUCCUGCAACACUUUUAAAAAAAAAAUGGAUGUAUAAACAAUAAGGUGUCUUAAGAAGCCAUAGGCUUUGUUGUAGUAAUUAAUAUUUGAAAUUAAGCUAUAGUUUCAUAUGUAUAUUCACGAUGAUGAUGUAGCUUAGCCUAUUGGUCUUGAUGAUUUUUUUUGUAUCAUUUCAUGAAAUGGAUUAACUUUUGAUAAUGGAAUGUUGUAAAUGUUUUAUAAUUUACAUGCUUUUAAUUCUCUUUAUUUUAUUACAAAGCAUUCUUUGCCUGUAUGUUUUGUCUGCUGUAUAUUCCCCUUCUGCGUUCCAUUAACUCAGCAAUCACCUUAUAUCGAUGUCAUUCACUCACCAUUCUCCUAUCAUGUGUCAUUCACUCAGCAUCUCUCAUAUGUGUGUCAUUCACUCAGUAUCAUCUCAUGUGUGUCAUUCACUCAGUAUCAUCUCAUAUGUGUGUCAUUCACUCAGUAUCAUCUUAUAUGUGUGUCAUUCACUCAGUAUCAUUUCAUGUGUGUCAUUCACUCAGUAUCAUCUCAUAUGUGUGUCAUUCACUCAGUAUCAUCUUAUAUGUGUGUCAUUCACUCAGUAUCAUCGCAUGUGUGUCAUUCACUCAGUAUCAUCUUAUAUGUGUGUCAUUCACUCAGUAUCAUCGCAUGUGUGUCAUUCACUCACUAUCAUCUUAUAUGUGUGUCAUUCACUCAGUAUCAUCGCAUGUGUGUCAUUCACUCAGUAUCAUUUCAUAUGUGUGUCAUUCACUCAGUAUCAUCUCAUAUGUGCGUCAUUCACUCAGCAUUCAUCUCUUUUGUGCGUCAUUCACUCAGCAUCCAUCCCCUAUGUUGUCCCUAGUUUUUGUUUCUCCCCUGUAUGGUUGGCCCCCAUGUCCACGGUGUAGUUCACCUCUUCAAGCCUUACUUAACUACUCAAGCAAUUGUCACCUGUGUGUCCUACCCAGGCUAAGUUUUACCCUGUCGCUAGUCAACCCAUUGAAUCGCAUGUGGAUUGUUACCUUUCACUCCUGUGGCUAGUCACUCUUUACUAAAUCCUUGUGUCUAGACACACCUGAUGUAAGCCCCCCCCCCCUUGUGGCUAGACGUUAUUUAAGACCCCCCCCAUGGCUAGUUAUACCUCAAGUAAGCCCCCCCCCCCCCCCUACGGCUAGUCACUCCUUUCUAACCCACCCUUUUGCUAAUUACCAUCACUUGAAUGUCCCUAAUGUCACCCAAGAGAAUAUUUUUUUAAAUCUAGUAGCACUUUGCUGAAAGAUUUCCAGAAUGCAAUCUUUUGUUUCAUUGCUCCAUGUUUCAUUGAAUAAAAAAAAAUCUGUGUGAAAUUUCAUUGUUAGAUGUACCUUUACUGUAACCAGGAUGCAUCCUUAGCUUUGAGUAUCUGCUGGUUGUGUUGAUUCUGCUUGCAUGCCGCGUGAUAUUUAAGCCUGAUUAUAAGUCAACUCACUAAUGUAUGAUGUAUGUUUGUGUUAGCUCACACCUUCGUGGCUGAAUUGAUUUUCUUGAUGACUUUUCCCUUAUACUUGUACUAAAUUUGACUUCUAUCUAUAAGAGUAUUUUGCAUCCUAAAUUUUCUCUUUUAAAAAAAAUUAAUUCAAAUUUCUUUGGCAAAAUUGAAAUAGUUAACUCUUAAAUAAUUAACUCUUAUUCCAUAUUUUUUUAUUUUUACAUUACUUCAGAAGGAAAUAGUUUUCGAUUUUUUAAAAUAACAGCACUGUUUAUCAUUACCUAUCUUCAACUAAAUCUUUGAUCCUUCUAAAAUUUUGCCUAUCAUUAGUAACUGGAAAAGGGAUGUAACUUAUGCAUUGUUUACCAGAUAAAUUCUUUAUGUUUUGAUACUAAAUGUUGACAGAAAGAAGUUGCUACGAUACUGGUUAAAAAUAAAUAUUUAAAAAAUUAUGUUAUUAAAAAACAAAAAAACAAACAACAAUUAAACGAAUCCAAUAGCUCAAUUCAGAAACAGAAGAUGUGAUUUUAUGGAUGUAGUAUCCAUACCUAGUACAAACCAAAUGCAUUUUUGUGUACAUUGCUCUUCACUGAAAACCAGUUUGAAGCAACAAAUUUGAAGAGAAAAAAAUUCUGUACAAGAAAAUGCAAGGACAAAAUAAAACUUCUAAAUUGAUUUUGUAGUUUCAACAAGUUAAAAUUUGAAAAGUAAGUUUAAAAGAAUUGGUUGUAGGUUUCCAAUUAACUGCCUUGUAAGUGUUUGCAUGUGUGGCCUGUUUGUGUGCCGAUAUACUCGCACUGAUGAAUGUGCUUGGGUAAGAUUAAAAACACUGUUUACAUUGUCUGCACUACACUGAGUAGAUAGGAUGAAAAAGUUAAAAAGUGUAAAUAAAAUUUGGUGAAACAAUU